UUUUGCAAGGCUUUAUUCGGUUUUAUAAACAUUGGGUUUCGACUGGAAAAUAUUAUGUUAUCGUGAAUUUCUUCAUGAAAUAAAUCUAUAAUGACACAAAAAUAUAAAGUAUAGCUCAUACGAAAGAGUAUGCAAAUUUAAAAUAAGUAUCUAAUUAAUUAACAGUAAGAGAAUCAGUGUUUGUACCGGUAACCAAAAAGAUGAGUGAGGCGUCGUGCUACAUCUUGGAUAAUGGAGCUUACACAGCCAAAGUUGGUCUUUCCUCGAUGGAACCAAAAAUUGUACCUAAUUGUAUCAUGAAAGCGAAAUCUGAGCGACGGAGACCUUUUAUCGGAUCUCAAAUAGAGGAAUGUCGUGAUGCGUCUGGAUUAUUUUACAUUCUUCCAUUCCAAAAAGGCUUUCUUAUCAAUUGGGACACACAGAAAACCGUUUGGGAUUAUAUAUUCAGUAAAGAAUGUUGUCCGGUCAAUUUCAGUGAAACACCGCUGAUUCUUACGGAGCCAUUGUUCAAUUUCUAUUCUAUUCAAGAGGCUAUGACUGAAAUAUUUUUCGAGGAAUAUGAAUGCCAGUCGCUACUGCGUAUAAAUUCGACAGAUUUAGCUGAAUAUCAUUAUAGAAAGUUCCAUAAUAAUGAAAGUACUGUUGUGGUAGAUUCUGGAUACAGUAAUACAUAUAUAGUACCUUAUAUUAAAGGUAAGAAGUGUAAAGAAGGUAUAAGACGCAUAGAUGUUGGAGGUAAAGUGCUUACAAAUCAUCUCAAAGAGAUAUUGUCAUAUCGCCAGUUGAAUGUAAUGGAGGAAGGGUUUGUUAUCAAUCAAGUUAAGGAGGAUUCAUGUUUUGUAUCACAGGAUUUCAUGGGCGAUAUGGAGACAGCUAGAAAAAAAGCUCCAGAAAAUACAAUAGUAAAGGAUUAUGUACUUCCCGAUUAUACAACAUUACGACGGGGUUAUCUUCGAGACAUUGUAAAACCUGACGAAGACCUAGAACAACAAACAUUAAGGCUAAAUAAUGAACGAUUUAGCAUUCCAGAAUUGUUAUUUCACCCUUCAGAUGUUGGUAUUCCUCAAAUGGGAAUAUCGGAAGCUAUAAUGCACUCUAUUAACGCAUGUCCAGAAGAAAACCAGGAAAGUAUGCUAGAAAAUAUAAUUUUAUUUGGUGGCAACACUUUGUUCCCUGGUUUUCGGGAUAGGGUGUAUAAUGAGGUGCGUGCGUUUGCAUUGGACCAUUUUAAUGUGAAUGUUAGUAUUGGGGAGAAUCCGUUGACAUAUGCAUGGGAAGGAGGAAAGUUACUAUUUCGGGAUCCUGAUUUCUAUUCGUUUUGUAUGACUAAGGAGGAAUAUGAAGAGGAAGGGAAGUCGUUAGCAUUCGAAAGAUUUGAUAUAUAACGAAAAAAACGAGCGAGGAAGUCUUCCGAUUGAAGACUCUCGCUCGUAAAACUAGGAGAGCUGAAUUUUUAAAUAUGUUGUGGUGUUGGACUCGGAUAGAAUCAUGGUGAAGAUUUAACAAAAAACUGUUGUAAUGUGGCUUGAGUUUUAUUGAUUGCAGUGAAAGUGGACAUUAUGUUGUACUGAACUGAACUAUAAAACUUUAAGGAAUGUAAAAUUUCGAUAAAAUAAACUAGAUAAUGUAAAAACUUGUUAAAAAUAUAUAUUUGAUAUUUAGACACUUAACAACUAUUUGAAAAUAAUUGUUAUUCUCUUGUAUCAACUAGAUUCGUUAAAUGAAUUUAAAUUUAUUAAUUUCAUUAUAACCAGUCAACUAAUUCUGUCUAAAAGUAGUUUUAGUUAGUGAUUCUAUAAUAAGUCAUAAGAAUAAGUAAUGUGAUACUUAAGUGAUAAAAAUAUACAUUAACAA